AUGCCUCCGUUUACAGGAAUUCAAGCCAAAGUCGAGGAAGACGAGGUCAUCCUUGAAACAGUGGAGGAUGUUCCAGUCAACAAAAUUACCAGCUUCAAUGGAAAGCUGCAACAAUACCUGCAUAGUGGAACCACAGCGCAUCAAGGCCCAAGUACCUCGAGAGCCACUAUAUCGCAACGCCGCAUAAACGCCGCCGAGACCGGAAAUAAACCACACGUUACCGGACAUCAAGCAAAAGCCAUCAUAUCCAGUCCAAGGCGCAAGAGAACAGUCUCACGGUCAACAGAGUCCGACAGCACAACGACUCUCCUGCGCACCACCCGCUCACAGUCAAUUUUAACGACGACGCCCCCAUCCCCAAACAAACGCAAACGCAGAUCAGUAACCCCCAAUCCCCCACAAACACUGCCAAUCGCCGGCCCAUCAGCGACAGAGUCCCUCCUCCGUGACACAAUCCCCCCGAAUCUGAUCCUCCUACUCGUGGGUGUGAAUCCGGGAAUAAUGACAGGGAUAACGGGGUACGCCUACGCACACCCAUCAAACCUAUUCUGGAAACUUCUAUAUUCGUCAGGAAUAACAAGUGUGCGCCACAGACCGGCCGACACAUACAAGCUUCCUGCGUUGUACAAUGUAGGCAACACAAACAUUGUGGAGCGGCCGACGCGUGACGCGAGCAUGCUCAGCCGCGCGGAGAUGGAUGCCGGUGUUCCUGUGCUCGAGGCUAAGAUUGCCGCACAGAGGCCUGAGGUUGUUGGUCUUGUCGGGAAGAGCAUUUGGGAGGCUGUUUGGCGGGUCAAACAUGGGAGAGGCAUUCGGAAGGAGGAGUUCCGGUAUGGGUGGCAGGCGGAGGUAGAGAAUAUGGGUCGUGGGGACGGUUGGGCUGGUGCGCCUGUUUUUGUUGCCACAACUACUAGUGGGCUUGCGGCAGGGAUGAAACCUGCGGAGAAGGAGGCUGUUUGGGCUGAGUUGGGGAGUUGGGUUGUGAAGAGGAGGGGGGAAAGGGGACAUUGA